CCGCCCGAGUGCCAAAGUCGUGCUUUCUUGACACGGUGCCUGACACAUGACGCAGUCCACGUGGACCCACGCCGCUCCCACUAGGCAACUUUCCUCGCCCUUGAAAUUAAUGCCACCGCAUGCAUCCUGCUUUCUUCAACACGCUGGACCUCUCAAAGUGGCUGCCACCUUUUGUUUGGGGGGGAUCCAAGUUGUUUCUCACAUUCGUUUCUAGUGGGUUUUUCUUGCAUAUUAAACAAGUGACAGACAAUGACGGCGUUACCCGGAACCGUGCCGCGGAUGAUGCGCCCGGCCUCUGGGCAGAACUACCCAAGGACCGGGUUCCCUCUGGAAGUGUCUACACCUUUAGGCCAGGGCCGGGUCAAUCAGUUAGGGGGCGUCUUCAUCAACGGCCGACCCCUGCCCAACCACAUCCGCCACAAGAUAGUCGAGAUGGCCCACCACGGCAUCCGACCGUGCGUCAUCUCCCGCCAGCUUCGGGUAUCCCACGGGUGCGUGUCCAAGAUCCUGUGCCGCUACCAGGAGACCGGCUCCAUUCGGCCUGGGGCGAUCGGAGGCAGCAAACCCAGGCAGGUCGCGACGCCCGACAUAGAGAAGAGAAUCGAGCAAUACAAGAGCGACAGCCCGGGAAUAUUCAGCUGGGAGAUCCGAGAUAAACUGCUCAAGGACGGCGUGUGCGACAGGAGCAGUGUCCCUUCAGGUGAGACACUCGCUGUGAGUUCCAUCAGUCGAAUACUGAGAGCUCGUUUCGGCAAGAAGGACGACGAGGACGACGACGAAGACGAGGAGUGCUUUAAAAAAGACGAAGAGGAAGACAAGAAAGCCAAGCACAGCAUCGAUGGCAUCUUAAGAGACAAAGGCUGUCGAAUGGAUGAAGUGUCAGAUGUGGAGUCGGAGCCCGAUCUCCCCCUCAAAAGGAAGCAACGCAGGAGUCGCACUACGUUUACAGCUGAGCAGCUAGAAGAACUGGAGAAGGCUUUUGAGAGAACCCACUACCCCGAUAUUUACACCAGAGAAGAGCUGGCCCAGAUGACUAAACUCACUGAGGCGCGAGUGCAGGUUUGGUUCAGCAAUCGCAGGGCCAGGUGGCGAAAGCAAGCAGGAGCCAAUCAGCUAGCGGCUUUCAACCAUCUGUUGCCUGGUGGAUUUCCCCCGACAGGGAUGCCAACACUUCCUACAUACCAACUGGCAGACUCCGGAUACCCAAGCAAUAUUUUGUCCCAAGAUGGCGGAGGUACAGUUCACCGGCCCCAACCGCUACCUCCCUCCACUAUUCACCAGAGCGGUCUAUCAGGCAACGACAGCACUUCCACCUAUGGUCUAGCUUCCAAUCGCCACAGCUUUUCCGGCUACACCGACACCUUCAUGACAUCUGCACCCGGCAGCCACGUUAACCCGGUGAGCACUGGGCUUUCUCCGCAGGUGAUGAGCAUUCUGAGUAACCCGAGUGGCGUUUCCUCCCAAUCCCAACACGAUUACUCGGUGUCGCCGCUCCACAGCAUGUUGGAUGCCCCUCUACCUAACGCUGUGCCAGGUCCCGGCAGCCAACGUUCGGCUGAGGCCUCCAUUAAGACGGCGGACGGCCUUCCGUCCUCGCAGUCGUACUGUCCCCCCACGUACAGCACCACCAACUACAGCGUGGAUCCGGCUGUGGCUGCAGUGGGCUACCAGUACACCCAGUAUGGCCAGACUGCAAUGAAUUGUCUGGCCAAGAACGUGGGCCUGUCCAGCCAGCGCAGGGUGAAGUUGUCCGACCACUCGGGUGUUUUGGGACUACUGCAGGUGGAAACCGGUCAGGCGUACUAGUCCUCGCUUGUGUGACCUCAUCAACACAACGGAUCACCUGCAGAACAAUCACCUCAAUACUCGCAGUUCUGUUUUGUCAAAAAGACCAAGUGUACGCUAAACAUGUAAUCAUUUGGUUUGAUAUGACGAUAUUUUGGUUCAUAACUGCAGGUUCCAGCUUAUGUCAUUUCCAAUGGGAACAUUCCAUCCAAGCAGUCCGAUUCGGUGUAUUUUCAACAUGUUUUAAGUUAGGGGUGUCAACAUUUUUUUUUUCGCGGGCAACAUUGUAGUCAUAGCUUCUUUCGAUGGGCCAUUAUGACUGUCAACCCAAAUAAAUGUAUGAGCACCUCAUAUUAUAUAC